AUUUGUAUUAGCGGUACACACUAUAUAUAAGUUAGUAACUAUGAAGAAAUUAUAUGUAAACUAUACUCUGAUUAGUUGAGUAAUUAAAUGAAUACUCUGCAGUGUUAUAUUUUUUAUUGUAAACUUCCAUUUUGGGGACAUAAUGCUUGCAAUGUUAAUAAAUACUCUGCAGUAAGGUCUUUCAAUUGUACUAAUUGGUAAUAGCCACACUGAUCUUUACGUCUAAAUACUCUUUUAAAAACUUGGGUGACAGACUGGCGAAGAAGCAGGUGUCACAACGAAAGGUGACAUCGACUGACAAAGAGGAAGGAAGUUGUUUUCACGAGUCACGACUGGCAGUGGCGACGCCGAUCAGAACGCGAGCAGAUUUGACGAUGAGAAAUUGAGAAUUUAGAGCUCCUUCCACUUCGAUUCGGUUACCUAAUUUAACUAAUUUCUCCGUACAAAACUCCGUUUCCAUUUUACGGCGUUUACCGCCAUGGAAGCCACCGACGACGUAGAAUCCCCCACACCGAUUGUUCCUGAAGAUAACUAUGAAAUGUGUUUGCCUUCACCAUCCUGAGUUCAUUCAAUUAUUAGUUUCAUUGAUAUUAUCUAAUUUCCUUUACCAAGCCUCCCCAAAGUUAGCAGGAACUGUUAACUGGGGUACAACAACUGUUAUUGGAAUAUUUGAUGGCAUGUUAUACGGCGGUAGCAAGGAGGCAGCUGCUUCUGUUAGCAAGGACGCAGAAGUGACAUUGAAGCUUGGAAGUACAAAAGACAAACGUGAGCAAUAUCGUUUGAUGAGAGAUGCUAUGGAGAAACGGUUCAUUAGGGUUACACGGGGCUCAAUAGUAGGAGGAGUACGCCUUGGAAUGUUCACUGCUGCAUUUUAUGGCUUACAAAAUCUACUUGCAGAGCAGCGAGGUGUGCAUGAUGUUUUUAAUGUUGUUGGUGCCGGUUCAGCUACUGCUUCAGCUUUUGGUUUAAUAUUGCUAGGAUCACUACGUUGGCGAGCUAGGAACAUGAUGCUAGGAUCAGUUUUGGGAGCAGCAUUUUGUUUUCCUCUUGGUAACAUAGCUAUAUUUCUUGAUACUUUGUCAGCUCAGAUUGUCGAUGUGACUUUUGCAGAUGCAUAAAUUUCAUAUAUAAUAUGUUGUGGAAUAUAAUGCUGUUAGAAUUAGAAGCAUCACUUGAUGCUCAAUCUGGUAGCAAUUUCUCAUAUUCAACCAAGUUUUCACUAUAUUUGUUGAAAGUCUUGUCUCAUGAUACGUUGGCAAGUUGGCUCCAUUUGAAGUUGAUAGAAAAAGCUAAUGAAGGGAAUCAAGCUGCAAAUGAAAACUUAGAUAAGAGAGACAUAAAAAGUGGAGUUAGUGCUGCAAUCGAAAGGCUUGAAAGCAAUUUACACAAAUGGAAGCUAUUUGGCUACACAGAGGAAUGCCUUCUUGUUUCUAUUUUUCAGGGUGGUCAAGUAAUCAUGCAAUGGAGGAUGUGACACCACUGGGAAUGGCAUUGAUGUCCACUUAAUAGGAGAAAAAGUUGUAUUAAUUAAAUAAUUUUGUUGACCAAGUUGAGUCACACAGUUCUUCCAUACGAAAUUAUGAUGCUAUUAUUAGUUUGUUAUUAUGUUUUUAGUCUUGUUAUUAUGACUUAUGAGGCUAUUGUGGUAUGAAUAUCAUCUGUUGCAGUGCCAAUAGUAUCUUGGGUCAGCCUCUAAGCUCCUAGUUUCUAACGUGUCUUGAGGCAAAAUCAUACGAGUGAAAUUUGCGUUAUUGAUGUGGCCAUUGACUUGUAAAAAAGUUUAAAGUGUUGUGAUAAA